AUGCCUUUGCGUCUUACCACUCUCUUGUCGCGGAACCCCAAGCUUAUCGAACAACACGUCCGACAACUAGCUGAUUAUUACGCUGGCAAUAACUUGUUAUGUCUGUUCACGCUCUCGGCGAGCGAUUCCGUGGAUUGGACUUCGUGCUGGCGGCAACUACGACGAAUUGCAGGAGAAGGGAAGAUUGAAAAUGUCGUAGGGUGCCUGUCAAGUCCGUUGAACAACGUUGGAUCGAAAGAAGACGGGAAGAACCUCUCUGAGCUGCUGUCUUGCUCGAUUGGAAUAUUCGAACCCGGCGAGGCUGUUGCCUUUCGCUCGCAGAUCCCAGGGGACCGCCAACCGCAGGUGGGACGAUGGCAUUCGUUCAGAAAACAUCCUGAAGAGGCGCCGUGGAAUGAAUCUAUGAGCUUCGAAGAGAAUAUUUCAUGGGAGAAUGUGUGGAAACAGGGGCAAGACGACGGCGCUAUACCCUUGGACUUGCAAGGCGCGAGGCCAGAAGACAUAUCUGCGUUCCUGUAUCUGACGGACAGGUCCUACCAAGGUCUUGCUCGAUCUCUCACUCGCCACUAUCCCAAUGCCUCCAAAUUGGGUCUGGUGGCGCCUUCGACGCUUACUGUGAAUGAGCUUCCGUCGACUCUAUUGUACGGCGACAAGCCGUAUUCUGAAGGCGCAGUGGGCUUAGCGCUCAAGCGAUCCUCAGCUUCGUACACCUCCGGGUUAAAUGUCCAUGGAGUACAAGCGAUCUCUCCUUCCAUGAAAAUAACGGGGUCGAACGGGAACAUCGUGGAAUCCAUAAACAACACAAACCCUACACAACUUCUCCUUGCUGCAUUGGAAAAGGCUGAUUCCGGAGACAAAACAUCGUCAUCCUAUUCUCCGAUGCAACAAUUCCUUCAUGAGAGGAUAUUCCUUGGGGUCCAAGAUUCCGCUGGACGCACGAGUCGAAUGUACCAAAUAAGCGCCGGCGAUCCUUCCCGAGGCCCGCUGUCUCUGAUGGCGAACCAGGCGCCUUCGUCGGGUUCUACUGCUCAGUUCUUCCUCCGUCCAGACUCCUCGCCAUUCUCGAUUUCGACAGCCCACUCGUCACCUCAGCAGUCCAUCGAAUUCGUUACCGUCCAAGAAAUUCUCUCCACUGUAGAGCCUGACCUUAACGAUGAAGCUAUUCACACCUUGGGGAACAGAUUCGUGACUGCCAGUGACGCUGGAGUAGUAAUGCAUGGGGAGGGAAGCCAGGUUGAAUCGGUGGCUCUGGGUUGCCCCGUGGGGACUCAUGUACGUUUGGAUCGUGCUUAG